AUGAAUCAGCUGCACAUCGCUUCUUGCCUAGAUUACCUUGGCUUCUUGGAUGAAAUCACUUGUUUGACACAGAAUUUCCUCGGACAAUAUCCAGUAACCUACUUGGAAAUGACUCUGAUUUCUGGGAAACACAUUUCUUUAUUGCGUGCGCUAUCGCAUCCAUUGUUGAGUUUUAUUUUUAUA